AUGGAUCCUCUUCCGCAAGAAGUCGACGAUUACAUCAGAGAGUCGAUUGACCACACCCUCGGCCUCCCCGUGUCCGCACAGACUCUCGAAUUGAAGCUCCGGUGCUCGGAAGCCGCGAAGCGACGGCUGCGCGACCAAUACACGGUUCUACUCGCCAAAUUGAAGGAGAAGGAUCAAGCUCUGAACCGAUCUAGGGCCGAGGCUUGUAUGAACGCUCAGGCUUUGAGGAAGUUUGUGGAGGAGAAUCAGAGACUAGCGGCAGAGUGUGCGCAUCUGGUGAGUCAGUGUAACAAGUUGGAGAAGGAGUGCUCGCUUUAUGAUCAUGACCGAGAGGCUUUGAUGGAUUUCGGAAACGAGGCAGACCAGAGGGCCAAGGAGGCUGAGUUUCGGGUCGAAGAGUUGGAGGAUGAACUGGGAGAAUUGUGGGAAGAAUUGAAGUUUUACAAGGAAUGA